AAAGUUGUCGCAUUUUAGUCUUUCAUUAAAGACCUAAGCAAAGGGUCUAUAAAGGGAUACUUGGGGAUACCUACAAAAAAUCUUAUUUAUUUCAAAUUCUUUGUGUCUUUGUCUACUGCGCUUUUUGACGUAAAAAUAUAACCAAACUUUUAUUUGAUUAUUUUGACAGCUUUCAACUCCAACAGCACCUCAACAUAUUGUUAUAAAUAGCAUCUUUUUUAACAAUAAAUACUUAAACAUUGGAGUAAAGCUAUGACGACUAUCCGGCCCUUUACUUGUGAAGAUAUGUUAUACUUUAACAAUGUAAAUUUAGAUCCCCUUACUGAGACCUAUGGUUUGUCAUUUUACACACAAUACCUAGCACAUUGGCCGGAAUAUUUUCAAGUUGCAGAAUCUCCUAGUGGUGAAAUAAUGGGCUAUAUAAUGGGAAAAGCCGAAGGACACGGUGAAAACUGGCACGGUCAUGUAACAGCUUUAACUGUCAGUCCUGAUUACAGAAGGUUGGGUUUAGCUGCUACUUUGAUGAAUUUACUUGAAGAAGUGUCUGAAAAGAAAAAGGCUUAUUUUGUUGAUCUGUUUGUGAGAGUCAGUAACAAAGUAGCAAUCAACAUGUACAAAAAUCUUGGAUAUAUUGUAUAUAGAACUGUAUUAGAAUAUUAUUCCGGAGACCCUGAUGAGGAUGCUUAUGAUAUGAGAAAGGCUUGCUCAAGAGAUGUGAAUAAAAAAUCUGUUAUUCCUUUAUCACAUCCAGUUAGACCAGAAGAUGUCGAUUGAAAUAUUAUCAAAAUAUAUGAUUUAAUAACA